AAUGCUCAGAGAUCGUUUCUUCGUGCAUCCAACACAAGCAGCCAGUUCCAUGUCGCCUUCUCAUUCCUAUACGGUAGUCGCCCACGACGACGACGAAGACAGCGAUAUCUGCCCCGUCUGCGAUGGCGAGUGCACUUGCCACAAGACGACGUUGGUAGCUGCAGCACCAAUACCAAUCCAGCAGCCCGUCGUAAGAAGUACAACAGGACCGUUAUCCAUGGUGGAGCUCAGUAUGAGAUAUGCAGCAACAGCCUCUCCCCAGCCCCCCAAUUCCCCUUUCUCUGGCCAGUCUUACCCACCGUCUACACCUACACCGCCUACACCCACACCUGCCCCCCAAAAACCGUCUCUCAAGAUAAAACUCACCGUUCCAGCCAGCAUGCUCGCAAAACGCCGUCUUCAGCUACCAGGCGGGUCAUCCAGCUCCAACCCCACUCACAUCAAGAGAUUAUCCAAGAACGCAGGCGAGACGACAUCCGACUGCGCGAACGACGGAUACGAAAGUUCGGAUGUUCCAGCGCCUCCUCCAAAGAAGCGAGGUCGACCCCCCAAAGCAGUCGUUGCUGCUCGUCAUUCGGCAGCCGCCCAACUCUCCCGAUCAUCUCCCUACAAGCCUCUCAAUCCCAAGUCAGCUGCACCAGGCAAGCAACAAAAACGAUUAGCAUCGAGCAAAGUCAGGAAGAAUCUCAAGGCACGCGCCGCCAUUGCCAAAAAAGUCGCUGCGAAGCGCCGACGAGCUGCUUUGAGCGAGGACGGAGGGGAGUCCUCGGAGUCCUCAUCCUCUGAUGUCGAGAUGGCUGAGAGCGGCCUUUUCCCUACCUUCGUCUCUGCGUCCGCCAUUUCUUCGAGUGUGUCCGACUCGUCGUCGUCGUUGUCAGACUUUGACGACUCAGAUUCGAGCAUCGAGGCGGAGGAGGAGAGCUUUAUUCUUGCUGAUGUGCAUGCACACGACAAGGCCCGCAUAAAGCGCGAACUGCUUGGCGGAGAUGAUGCUUUACAGAAAAAGCGUGCUGGGAGGAACAGUGACUGGGUAAUUCGUCCGCGUGAGAAGAGUGUGGGUGGGAGCGAUGUGGAGAUGGACGUAGACUCGGAAGGCACUGAGGAGGAGGGCGACGAGGAGGGCGACGAGGAGGAUGCGGCGGAUGAUGAGGACACGGUGGAGGAGACGGCGCCGUCGAUCAUUGGGAUGGGCAUGAGUAUGGAGGAAGACGAAGAGACGGACGACCACCACUACGUUGGUCUCGCGACAGGCUGGUCGGACGACGAUGACGAGUCGAGUUUCGACGCUGAUUUGUUCUUCGCCAACUUGUCCGACUCUGAUUCGGACUCGUCCUCUUCUCAAGCACCUUCAGUAUCAAUGGGCGAAGAAGGCGAUCAGUCGGAUGUAUCAGAUUCCACCCAAGGCCCAAGGCAUGCCACGCUGGAGAGCCUACCGUUCGAGCUUGAGGAGAGCUGGGACGGGCAAGUCGUGUUCACAAACGGCAGCCUCAGCAGGGGCCUCGUCGACAUGGAAUUCGAGGAGCGUGCAUCGCGAUUCGUCGUCGAGAGUAGUGUGUCCCCCGAGCGACACAUGCGUCGCACACGUCUGGGCACUAGCGACCUCGAGCCCAGUGAAUCUGAGAUGUCUGAUGGUGGCUAUGAAGAGGAAGACGCUGAGGCGGAAGCUGAGGGUGACACGACUGAUGAGGAGCUCGUAGGCGAUGACGAUCUGCCCAACGAGCGCGCGAUGCGUUUGUUCCACCUCCCGAUGAGUGUCUCGGCGAUCAAUCCCUUGUCGACUGUCUCCCCGGCCGUCAACUCCGUGAAGAGGCAGAGGGCGAUGGAAAGGCGGCGGAAACGAUGGGGUGGGGAGAGCCCCAGGGCGGCGGAUAUUUUGGCUGGCAGGGUGGUGUUCUGGGGAUCUGAUGAAGAGGAGGGAUCUAUCAGUGAAGGGGAGAGGAGAGCGGAGGAGGCUGGAAACGGGAGACAGAGAAAGGCGCGGUUGGUGGAUUACGGCCGCGACGGUACUCAAACCACGGCUGGAUCGAGUCGAGGAAUCGUCGGGUCUGAUGCGGAGGAUGUGGCCAAGAGGUUCAAGACGCCUACCAAGCAGGCGCCCUUUGGCCCUCGACGAGGCGUCUUCUCGCCCUCCAGCGACACCAAACAGGCAAUAAUUGGUGAGGGUAGGAAUGGAGCGGACGUGCCUUCGCCUCAUCCGAGGUUUAAAGGACGUGGACGACCAAGGACAGGCCCUGGCGGGGGUGGGCGAUUUAGUUCGGUCGAGCACCUCUUGCGCAGGCAUCUACUCCAAUCCAUUACCGCGUCAAACCUGUCCAACUCCCUUACCAGCGUUGCUAGUGCAGACGAUACCUCGUCACCAGGUGGUCCAUCGGCUGAUAGGUCUCCAUUCCAGUUCUUACUGACAUCUACUGCCGCUGUCACCGCGAAUGGGUCUGAAUCGUCCGACCUUGCUGCCGUCGUCGAAGCCGGUGUCCUAGCCGAUCCCAUCGAGCUAGACGACGUGCUUGAAGCUUCUUUCUUGGAUGAUACAGACGCCCCAGCCCGGGACUCCUCUGUACCGCCUCCAAGCGAGGACGACGCUUCGACAUCAGCGGCUGCCGAUGCUGCCGCCUCCAAGAACCUCAGCCGGUGGGAUCUCAUUUCGGUCGGCGCCUUCCGCCACUCGAGAGAGAACGGUAGCUGGGACGGACGUCAUACCCCCUCGUCGAGUGCAGACUUUGGCACUGCAAUGAAGAGCAGCCCGCUCAGCGCUCUUUUAUGGCAGACAGGUAGUAAUGGACCACCCAGGCCUUCGUCUGCGCCGAAUUCAACCAAGAUCAAGUCAAGCAAGCACGCGAAAAGGAGAAGGAUCAUGAUGGGCGGGUCGGGGAUGUCGUCGCCUCUCAUCUUGCCCCUGUCGGGUGAUCGUUCCCCGAACACAAGCACCCCACAUACUCCCACAUCAGCGCCGACCGCUCUAGCGAAGUUCGGCUCCAGUAACCACGGGUUCGACGAUAACUCGGAGAAGAAACAGAAGACCCGCAAGGAGACUCGUAAGGAGAAGAAGCUCAAGAAAAAAGGCUAUGGUCCAGUACACCAGCAGCAUUCGCAUCAUCAGCCACACCAUUUCCAUUCCCACCAUCAUCACCCGAAUUCGAAGAGUCGUGCGACGAACAGCACUCAGAGGACCAAUUUCUUCGCGAAUUCGGUGCCACCUUUGAGCUUGUA